AUGUAUUAUCCUUUUAAGAAUUACUCAACAAGUCCAGUUGUUCAACAACCAGGUUUCUCAUCAGCCAACGCGAAUUACGCAUCAGCACCCGCACCAGGUUACUCACAAGGAGGUUUUUGUUAUCCACAAGGGGCUUAUUACCCGGCUUCUCAACCUCCAGUGGUCGUUUACAGGGAGAGAGAGUCAGAUCUUGGAUGCUGUAACUGGUGUUUGGCGUCUUUAGCAGCUCUGUUCUGUGGGUGCUUAAUUGGUGAGUGUACAGACAGUAACGUGCUCUGUUGCCUGUUGCCCUGUCCUCCGUUUCGCUGCCGAUGGUGA